AUGGAUCUCCUCACCACUGUACGCAAGGAGGGUUCCCGCGGUGGCCGUGGCGACUUUAAAUGGUCUGAUGUACAAUCAUCCAGCCACAGAGAGAAUUACUUGGGCCACUCGCUGAUGGCGCCUGUUGGCCGAUGGCAAAAAGGUCGGGAUUUAAAUUGGUACGCAAAGGGUAACGCCGACGAAGAGGCCGGAGAGACCGUCGCACAGAAAGCUGAGCGAGAACGAAAGGAGGAGAUCAAGCGCAUCAAAGAAGCAGAACAGGACGCUCUGGCAAGAGCGCUGGGAUACGACGUGCCACCCAGAAAUCCAAACUUAGAAACCCUAGGCGACGCAAAGGAAGUGAAUAAAAUCCUAAAGGAGGCUGUCGAAGAUGAAGAUGCCGAAACUAGCAAGGGAGUCGGCUAUGGAAAAUUCGCCAACAACCACGGAGAGCGGAAUGAGCGCAUUCAAGGAGAUGAUGUUGCCACCGUCGACGGAGGUCAACGAUUGAGAGAGGACAGGAUCGCGAACGUCACCGAUCAAGCUGGCACAGACAGAAAAAGGGCUACCGGCGACGCUCGCGAUCAGGGUCAGAGGAACGAACACGCAGACGACACUCAAGAACCAGGGACCGGCCAAGUCGUGGAGAUGAUGAUCGAGAGAAUAGACAACAGAGGAGGCAUCGGAGUCGUUCACCUUACUACAAUAACCGCGGCCGACCAAGAGAUGAACAUCACGAGCAUCGACGAUGAAGGCUUCACUCGAAUUUGGUGA